GAAUUGACAACAAAACAAAUUUCAAACACGGCCGUUUAUUUUGUUUAUUUCAAUAUAACUUUGUACUACAUUCUUGCUUUUGGUGUUUUAAAAUGGAAUGUAAGACAUUCCAUAAAGGGAAGUACUAUAUUACUUUUAAACGAGGAUUUGAAGACAGUAAGAGAGAUGUUACUGUUACUAUCAUGAAGAUUUUCGGCAGUGACAGCUUGCGAAUAUCUCUUUCCGACGAGGAAGACCCUACUUUUUUAUGUAUUCUCAAUGUUUCGCGGUGCGACUACGAAGAUCUGAAGAAGCAGCAAGGCCUGUUGAUAGAUUUCGAUAAUUUCCCCUCGCAGCUCGUUAGACUCCUUCAACAAUGUGCAUCCAACAAUAUGUUCCUGAUCGUACAACAAACAAAUCCAGUGCAAUUUUAUUUUGAAAUUGUAGAGCACAAUGAGUUUAGGCGUUUAGUUCAUUUGUCAUUGAAGACAGGGCCAGCUACGGACGCAGACAUAAAGCAACAUAUGGCAGACACUAUCAAUAAUUUAAAGAAUACAUUGGCGUCUUGUAAAAGUUCAGCAACUAGCUGUGAAGUGAUGUGGAAGGAGAAGUGCAUCAAAAUGGAGCAGAAGAUUCAAGAGUUGACCAACAACUUGGCUGAAUUAAAAGACGAGAGGAGAAAGAGUGAGAGUGAGUUUCAAGAAGCAUUGAAACAGGAGAGAGAAAGGACAGCCCAGGAAAGACAACAGUGGCAGAAGAAUGCAGAAAUUAAUGCAAAAGCUCAGCUUGCAAGUUCAGAAGAAGCCUUAAACAGAAAAAACAGACAAAUAGACGAGCUAAAUACAAUAUGCCAGCAGUUAAAAGAUAAAAUAGGACACUUGGACAGCCAAUUGAGUGAAAAAUCUCAAAGGUUAAUGCUGUUAGAGGGAGAGGUUCAAAAGUCACACAUAGAAGUGGCUACAUUAAAGGCAAAAAAUGCAAGCUUAGACAGAGAAAUUACUGAAAAAGAAAAGCAAAUUAGCAACUUGAACACGAGGUGUACCUACUUAGAAAAGAUUGGUAAAGAGAAUGCUGAUCUUGUUGCAGAGCUGAAAAACUCUUUACAUGUAGUUAAAAAAGAAAAGAUAAAUUUAGAAGAAAGACUAGCUCUAAGUGAAUCACUGGCGAAUAGAAACAAUGAAGCUGCAAAUUCAACUUCAGAACAACUGCUGAAGGCCAACCAAAUAAUUUCGAAACAAAACAAUGAUAUCAUUGAAAUGAAAGAAAAGAUACUAUGUCGAACAGCCAUAGCAUUAGAACAAGAAAAAGUUAUAGAGAAAAACAACAAAGAAAUUGAGGAGCUCAAGUCUGAAAUAAAUAUUACUAAACAGAACAUUGUCAGCCUCAAAACAGAAUUGGACAAACUCAAAGAAAAGUAUGAAAUAAAUGAGGCGGCAUUGAAGGAUAAAGAAAAAAUGAUAAAGAAUAAUAAUAUGGUGAUCCAAUGGCUGCAUAAAAAAAUGGAAGACACUUGCGAGCCAAUCAGUGCAGUAAGAAACAAAUCAUUCAAUGGAGCCGCCAAGCACAGCUCGACGCCGCACAUUCAACCAAAUGAGAAUUCCGAUCUCGCCGAGGGCAUCUCAGAAGAAUCUAUCAAUUUCUAUGCUACAUCAAAAUUGUCUACAUUUGAAGGAAGCCCUUUAACAAAAACUCAAGAUAACGGCAACAACAUCGGCCUAGAUCCGAAAUACUUAAGACCGGCGGAUGACAAAGCAAACAAGACUGCUAAAGAUUGCGGAUCACAGAAGUCCGUAAAAGGAAAAGAAAAUGACAAAUUCAGUUUACCUCAAGUGGACUACAGGGAAAAGAAAUCCUCGCGAAAAAAUACCUAUCGGGCAACACCGGUAUCUGCAUAUUUUCCAUGAAAA